AUGGGGGUGGUCACCAGAGCCAAGAAGAGGAGACUAGAAGAAGAGGAAGAGCGCCUCGCCGACAGGAUCAGCAACCUUCCUGACGGCGUCCUCGGCGACAUCGUGUCUCUCCUCCCCACUAAAGACGGCGCCUGUACACAGGUCCUCUCCUCCCGCUGGCGCCACGUAUGGCGCUCCGCUCCUCUCAACCUCGACCUCGACAUCCUUGCCAGCGCCAACGACAUCUCCGGCAUCCUCGCUACGCACCAUGGCCCUGGCCGCCGCUUCGCCAUGCCUCGCCGCUACAAGGAGUAUUACUAUCCCACCACGGCGACCCUGGAGGGCUGGCCCUGGUCUCCUGCCCAGUAUUACCAUUAUCCCACCACGGCCACCCUGGAUGGAUGGCUCAGGUCUCCUGCCCUCGACAACCUCCAGGAGCUUGAGUUCCGCCGCUCCGGUCUGCUGCCGGCAUCUGUGCACCGCUUCUCGUCCACCCUUCGUGUUGCUAGCUUCAGUGGCUGCAGCUUCCCGGAUGGAAGCAAUGCCAGCAGCGCGCUAUGCUUGCCGGUUCUCCAGCAGAUGACCCUUUUGAAUGUCAGCAUCUCAGAGAGCUCUCUGCAUGCCUUGCUCGCCGGCUGCCCUAUCCUGGAAAGCUUGCUAAUUGACGAGUUCAUCCACCCUCGACUGCAAAUCGUAUCCUGUAGCCUCAGAAGCAUCGGGAAACGCCUCCUCACGGGCUUGGAUUACAUCACGGGGUCAACUGUUGCUAGCAUGACGGCCGUGUUACCUAGUGUGAGGGUUUUAUCUUUAUCUGAUGUGAAACUUUGUUUGGAUGCGGCUGUUAAUUUAGUGAAGUGCUUUCCCCGCUUGGAGAGGUUGUAUAUCAAGGCACAAGCUGUUUGGUUGAAAGAUGUGUCGUAUCUUAAAUGCCAAAAACUUAUUGCCACCCUUGACAUUCGUGUGAGGAAAAUUGUGCUGGUAAACUAUGAAGGAAGCAAGUCACAUAUUAACUUUGUCAAGCUUUUUGUAUCAAAUUCCAGAGUGUUGGAGUCACUGAGGCUUGAGUUAGCAGUCAAGAAUGUUAGCGACGUGUGGAUUGCAACACAACAUAAGCGGCUCCAUAUCGAAAAGAGGGCUUCAAGGGGUGCACAGAUCGAUUUUGUAUCCCCUAACAUAUCGAGAAGAGUCAAUAAUGUUCCACCUGAUGACCUCCUAGUUGCUAAGCAAGUACAUGAUCUGUCAACCGACCCUUUUCAAAGAUUUCACUAG